GCGCGGAGUCGAGGAGUUCCCGCGUCGCGAGCAUGCUUGAGAGCCGCCGGCUCAGCUCCGGGCUGUAAGGUUGGUUCCUGGCAAUGGAUGGAAAUCAGGUCACAGAGAUCCCUAAGCUCCCCAGGCUCCCAGACACGCUUGGGAGACAGAAUGGAAUUGGAAGGAGGGAUCUGAAGAGGAGGGAGGGGAUCCGUGUUCCCCCACCCCGGGCCUAGAAUGGAGCCCCGGCCAGCCGCGGGCCGGGCCCCUUGGUUUUCAGGACUUAUUCUUGCCGGGGUUGGCUCGCACGCCAGCAUCGCGCCUUCGGUGCGUCUUUUAUCUCCAUCUCAAAUAUGGGAUCUUCUUGGGACGAGGACUGAAUGAGGGUGGGAGAGAGAGUGUGUCUCACGGCGCCCAGGAGGGAGAAAUUGUGGUUCUGAGAAGGUAUUUUUUGGCCUCUUGAAAAUGUGCAAGAAUUCCGCGGGCCCAGGCUUUCUUUGUGUGGCGGGCAGCGCCAAGCGCUUUGUGCUUCACAAGGAGAAAAUGGCGAGUCCUAUUGUGUUUAGGCCAUUUUCUUCCGGUACUAGGAUUUUCCCAAGUUCGAAAUACUUCUUGAGAAAGUAGCCUUCUCGUGCCCAAGAAAGUGUGAAUCGCUGAGGCUCGGCCCCAUGGCCUGGCGUGGGUGCCGACCUCAGUUUAAAACCAAGGGCCUGUUUUCUUACGGUUGGGGUACUUGUAUCAAAGCACAGAUAUGACCGGUUUGUGCGGAUCGGUGUCCUCCAAAGAUCAACAGCGGCUCUUGGGGUUUGGAAAAAUAAGUGUCUAUUUAUAGAUGCAUAUAUACAUAUAUAUAAAAAACAUAUUUUUCCUGACAAUGUGAAGGAGAAAAUAAAAAACGAAGGACAAUUACGUUUUUGAAAGAGGGAAUAUUUCUUUCCCUUUCUCCUUUCUCACGCUCGAGGAAACCCCAGGAGAUGUUAAAUAUUACUCUGCCGGGUCAGUCUCUUAUUUUUUAAACUGAAGAUGAAAUGCUAUUUUGGCUAGAAGAAUUAUUCUGCAUCUUAGCCACUGGAACAUAUGCUUUGCUACAAAAAAAAGUGUAAGGUGUUAGAGAUGGAUUUAGUUUAAUGCUCUUAGCGUGUGUGUGUGUGUGUGUGUGUGUGUGCUAUCUAUAUGCCUCUAUAUAGUGAUGUAAAUAUGGAGAGAGAGAUGAUUGAAAAGGUUGUUUAGCUUUUGCCCCUGAAUUUGUCAUUUUUGUAAUUUUUCUGCACUUGUUAAACCAUAUGUAAAAGUGGACAAGGAUUCCUGUACAACCAUGUCUAUGUCUCUUUUGAAAACCGCCAAAAAAGUAUUGCAGGUUGAAAGAUAUUAUCUCCUGUUUACUACAGUUAUUUGGAUCUUUAAAUGGAGUGGUGGUUUUGUGAGCUCAAAAAUAAUGAAAUGCAAACUAUCUGCUUCCUGUACAUUCAAUUUGGUGGCAAAUAUAGAAAAAUGAGAACAACUGGGAUGGGGGAAGAGAACCUAAAGCCUAUAGCAUUUCCCCCUUUUGCUAUCAUUUUAAAUGCUAGGGAGUCUAAUUUGUGCAGAAGCAUUGUGACUUUCAUUUUUCAAAAGGUAACACUAGCAUGUCCUUUCAUGUGGAUCAAGACCAUGGACAGCGAACUAAUAUUAAAUCACUGAGCAAAAAAGGACUCUAAUAAAAUUUUGAGACCUGAGUGAAAGUUUACAUUCAAAGCAUGUUAGAAGUCACAAAUAAUCUUUAUGGUCUUUAAAAGGAAUUAGACUGGUAAAAUGUGGCAUUUCAAACUUAUUCUACCAAGUUUCAAAGAAACAAUGAUUAUGUGUUCAGUUUUUACCCUGCCUCAAAUAGUAUAUAUUACUUAUCCAAUUAAAAUAAGAUAAAGCCCACCUUUUGGUACUGGUAAAUAUAAAAUUUUAAACUAUCAGUUUUAGAGGUAGAACGUUUUUUAUAAGGCCUUGAAACAGAAUGGGGAUGGAGAAAUUUUACUAUUUUAGACUGGCAUUGGCUGAAUGACACUACAGAAAAUUAAAUUGAUUUUUAUCAGUGAAUGAAUUUCUAAAUGCAUAAAAUUGGGAAAAUUAAAUGCCACUUUGAUAGACAGGAAUAAUAUGAAUGGAGAUAUAAUCCGGCUAUUCCUUUUACUCCCGUGUAGGCAUUGUACUCUAUAACUGACAGUGCAAUGUUGUGAGCAAGCAUUUAUUUUUUUUCCAAGAAAGUCACAGAUUUUUUCAUAUAUACUGAUUAGAUUUGGGACACAGGAUUGGUUCAGUGUGGGUCUGUGCUGGAGAUCAGCUUAUUUUGUUUUAUACAUUGUUUGAAUAGUCUUUACUCCUUUACAGAAUUAAAAUUCAUUUAAAACCAUUUCAUUUGUGGAUUACAUAACUUAUUCAAAAUUGCUCAUUUAAAUUUCCAGUUUGAUGUGUCUUUUAGCUUAUUUCAUAACCUGACUUUAGUGUGACCUGCAAAGGCCUGGAAAAUCAUAUAAAGCAAAAACAAUAUGCAGGUUAGAAGAAUUAAAAUAGUUCAUAAUUAAAAUUAAGUUAAAAUUACAUCAUUUAAAAGGACCUUGGAGUUUAUAAAUAAAUUAAUUUUUUAUCUUUAUUCAUCAGAUUUGGCUAUAAAAUGAAACUGCAGUUCUUUGAAUGUGCAGGUUGCUGGAAUUAGAUGCUACAUAUAUUUUGAACACACAUACUUAUUUUAAUAUUUUAUUUUUAGACAACGUAUUCAAAGUACUUGAGAAGAAUAUGCAAUGACAUUUUUUCCCGUGUCCUAAUCAGGACCAUGGUGAGGUCCCCGUGGUUCACCGAGUGGUGGUCCAGGGCUCUGGUUGGGACGCUGAGUUAGGUUGGCAAAGCAUCAUUGUUUUGAAAGGCACAUUCGUCCGGAAUGGCAUUCGUGAUAAGAUUAAACAUAAACCUAAACCUUGGCCUCGGGGGAAGGCAGGCUGCGGGGUUGAGAAGAGGAGAUGCAGAUUAGCUCUGCUUUUGCUGCUUGCGCACAUAAUUAAGAGGCGGUCCCUCAGCUGGAGCGUGGGCUGUGUCCGGCCUAAGGUGCUUAUUUUCUUGUUACUUGGCCAACCGAGUGUGAGUGAACAGGAGCCCGAGAGCUUAAAUGUGGGAUCUAGAUAAGGUGUCGACUGGGUUGUGGGCGUUUGUCUCCAUGUUAGGGAGAGGCAACUGAGAACGGUGACUUUGGCUUGUUUUGAGAGAGCCUGGGUUUUGACAGCAGGACGGCGAAGGGAGCGCUUGGAGAGGCUGGAAGCUCGACAUCUUAGGGAGCUGCCUGCGGGCACUGGGUUGACGCCAAGGGGUUGUCGGCAAGGGCAGGGCUCUUGCCCUCUGCUGUACCUAGGCUCUGCAAUUGGGGGCUGCGAGCCUUCUGCGGCUCUUUGGUUUCAAGGACACAGCGAGCUGCUCAGGACUUUGGGAGCCAACAUCUGUCUGACUGGUGACGUCAGCAGCCCGUGUAAUCCUCUUGUGCUGAAGGCAGAUGCCUUAUUUGUUUGGCUGGAGCGAGCCAUUAAUCCCUAAUUCUGGAUCAGCAAGCGAGGGGGAAAGACCGGACCGCUCCGACCCACCCCCUCCCUACCCCCACCUCCCACCUUAAAGCACCUUAUACCACGGAAGGCUCUCAGCCUCUUCUUUCCUCUGCGAACGCGCUGAGCAGCGAUUGAAAACGUUUUGGUCCUCUGCAGGUUUGAACAGGGCUAGCAGGUCUCUCUCCGGAUUUCUAGGGCUAUGGGUAUAUGUAAUUCUUUCUCUCAUCGAUCGUUUCGAUUCUCUUGCCGGUCUUGCAGUUUACAGGGUCCUAAACGAAGAGGGGUGGAGAUUCGAGAGUGCGGGUCUGGCGUGUGGUCCAAAGGAGGGGGUGAAGCUGGGAAAGGGGGUGCAGAAUGCGGGAACGGCUGGGAUUGCACAGAAGGACCAUCUGCGGACGCGUUUUCACGGCUCCAGCUCCCGAAAUCGUUUCUCUGGACGCGGCAGUAUCCGCAGCGCAUGCACCCUCCUCUGGACUUCCGCAGCCCGGACCUGCGCUUACAGUCAUCGCGCCACCCCCUCCCCCCGGGCUGCGGGCCCCGCGCUCCGUGGGCUCAGGGUCCCCUCCGCGUCCCCCUGAAGCCUGGGGACGGAGGUCGCGACCGGCCUACUGGGGUCCUGUCCUCUUGUCACCUUGUAUCCCUCGCAUGCUCCCUCCCGCCUCGUGUCCCUGCUCCCCACCCUCCCCCUCCUCUCUCCCGCCUCCCUAACACUGCGCUUUGAUUCUGUUUUUCAGGGGCGCAUUCUGGGGUCUCUGCGCAAGACCAGCUCUCAGCUCUCUCUCCUUUCCUCGGACUCUGGAGCGGGAGCGGGCCUUUCCCUCGGGUCGACCACGCCGUAGGGGACGCCGUGAAAAGAGCCGUCGCGCCCGCUGCCUCCUGCCCGCUGCGCAGAGGGCUCCGCCCGUAGAGGUCAACUUCCCUCACCCUUUUCUGUCUCCUGCUCGCCCUCCCUCCGCCCGGCCCAGGCGCUUGCAGCCCCAGACUGUGGCCACUGGCUGAGGAGUGCGAGUCGGCUGCGCUGCCCUGAGCCUAAUCCCUCUUCCGGGCCCAGACCCGAGGUCCGCGCUCCUGGGCAGUGGGGAAGCUUUAGUGAGCAGGCUUUUCUCUCCGCAGCAAACUCGUAGCCAGACCAGAUGGGCCGCCCAGCUCUCUCGGGACUAGGCAGGUGCGGUUGAGUUAAUUUUUCCGCAUUACAAAGAAAGAUGACCCAGCCCGCCCUUGGACUCUCUUUUCCCAAAAUCUCCCAACCAAACCCGCGGUAACGUUAUCAAAGGACACAGAGCCCAGGCAUAUCUGUGUGUUUAUCUUACAGGCACACACGCAAGGUUUUCUCUUUUAUAUGCUAGAUUUCAUCCCUGACAGCAGAAAAUGAUUGGCAACGGUUCUGACGGAGAACAUGCAAUAGCGUGGUCCUUAAAAACCUGCCAUUCCUUACAAGUGCCUUAGAAAGGAUUCAGGGCGAACCAACUGGGUUAAUUGCAUUCAGUAAAAUAACACGAUUACAAAAUUA